AUGGCCAAGCAGUUUUCUUGGGAACAGGAAUACAAAAGAACAUGGGAGGACAGAAGCGAUAAAAAGGUCCAUGAGUUUAACAUGGAGGCUGAAACUUUUUAUAGUAAUAAUAGAAAGGGGAUAGUGAGACAUCUUCAUGUCAUAAUAGAUGUUUCAGAGGCAAUAGACAAGUCGGACUUUCUUCCCACGUUCAGGACAAAUGUGGCAAGAAUUCUUGAGGAAUUCAUUCCGUCAUUCUAUAAUGAGAAUCCUCUGUCGACCCUCUCCUUUCUUAGUACUAGAGAUGUCUGUGUGAAGUAUAUAAGCAGCAUGGAUAUGGAUGUUCAUGCAUUUCUUGGCCAGACAGGAUCCAAAUGGUUUUCACUGCUCAAUGGACUUGAGGGAUCCAUAGAGAUCAUGAGGAACACCAUGCACGUAAAGGAGAUUCUUGUAAUUGUUGCAAGCACAUCCACCAGAGACCCCCAUGGAUACACCGAAGUACUGAAUAAGCUCAAGACGUAUAACAUAAAGGUCCACUUCAUAAGUCUGUGCGGCGAGCUCACUCUAUAUAAAUCAAUAUCUAAGGCCACUGGUGGAAGAUUUUAUGUCCCGGUUGAUGUGGGGCAUCUAUCUAUGAUCAUGAAGGAGCUGUCCCAUCCCACGGACUUCAAUGGGACAACCCUCAGUCUGGUCAAAAUAGGCUUUCCCCUGCCAACAAUAGAAUCCUCGGUAUGUAGUUGCCAUCUGGAGAUGAAGAGCAUUGGAUAUGAAUGCCCAGUGUGCAAGACGAUGGUUUGCUCUCUUCCUACUUCAUGUCCAAUAUGUGGCACCCAACUUGUAUCCACAUUGAAUCUCUCCAAGUCCUUAAGGUUCCUUUAUCCACUAAAGCCAUUUAUUGAAAAGGCAGAAGGUAUAUGCAGAAUAUGCCGAGACAAGGGUGCAUAUCAAUGCGAGCUCUGCAAAAGCACGUUCUGCAGCUACUGCAAUGGACUCGCUCAUAACACUUUAAGUUUCUGCAUCUACUGUGAAUUACCACAUAAUUAG